AUGGCUGCCGAUGACUUGAUUUGCAUGGUGUCUUUAGGCGAGAAUGCCAUAUUUAUGAAGCUAAGGUCGACAGCAAGCUUUUAUGAACUGAAAUAUGGUGUGGCUGAAAGAUUGAAAGUACCUGAAGAAUCUUUUUCCUUGAUAUAUAAAUCUGAGAGGCACCCUAACCUGAGUUUUUCAGUUGAGAACGAAGAUGACCUGAAGUGCAUGUUGGAGCACAAUCGAAAGAUUGGUUGUAUGGAGAUUCAUAUGCAGGCUGCUGUUAACGUAGAGUGUUUCACGCCAGGGAAGAAUCAAAAAGUUAUUAGCAAAAUGGAUGCCUCUUUGAAUGCAGAUUAUAGUUGUCCUCCUCCAGGAAAUGCAUCCAAUUCAGAGAGAAUCCAAACCGAUUUUUCGUCUGGUAAGAUUGUAAUUAGGGCUGAUGAUAUUCUCAAUAACACUUCGAGCAUUCCUCAAUGGUGGCACACAACAUUAACUGAAAAGGGGCAACAAUUUAAAACCGUAACUGAAUUGAGACUAGCUUUGCAAUACUAUUCCAUGGCCAAAAAAUUUGAAUAUGAAUUUCUGAAGAAUGAACCCAAACGUAUACGCAUUUGUUGUCGAUAUAAGGAGACGUAUGGAUGCCCUUGGAUGCUCUUUGCAGCUCCUAUUAAAAAUGAUAAAAGAAUGGAAAUCAAAAGGUUUGUGAAUGAACACAGUUGCGGACAACAUUCUAACUUGUCAGGGCAAUCACGGGCAUCUCGCAAGUUCAUAGCAGCCCAAUUGCGACCGGUAUUAAAGGCACGACCUGAAAUCCGCCCAAUUGAUGUGCAAAAGGACUUCCUCACUCGAUUUGGAUUGAGACUUGAAUACAGUAAGAUAUGGUGGGGCAAAGAAAGAGCGCAGCAGGAUAUGUAUGGUGAUAGCUAUGAGGCUUAUGAUCAAUUAAGAUGGUAUGAGCAAAUGGUGAAGCAAACGAAUCCAGGAAGCUACAUUUGCAUUGACCAGAAUGAAGGAAGGUUCAGAAGACUGUUUAUAUGUUAUGCUGCUUGCAUCCAGGGUUUCUUAAAUGGGUGUAGACCCCUUUUAUUUUUGGAUGGGACCUUUUUGAAAGACAGAUAUAAAGGCAUGCUUUUGAGCGCCAUAGCCUACGACGGAGACCAAUGGAUAUUUCCACUUGCGUAUUGUAUAUGUGAUCAAGAAAAUGUUGAUAAUUGGAGAUGGUUCCUACAAGCCCUGUGGUCCAUACUCUAUGAAAGAUCAAAGCUCAAGGAUUUGGGAAUGAAGGCAAAAGACACACAAGUUUUGGGGAAUUUGCUCCAAACUGCUUGCUAUAAAUACACCAUAGCGGAAUGCAACGACUACAUGAAGGAAAUUUAUGAGAUGGCUCCAGUCGCAUAUGAGAUUGUAAUUAAUUACUCGCCAAAGCAUUGGGCAAAUGCCUUCUUCCCUGGCAUUAGAUAUGACCAUGUAACCUCUAAUGUCGCAGAAUCCUUUAACAGCUGGAUACGUGAAGCCCGUUUGUUACGUAUCCUGCAAAUGGUGGAGAAUAUCCGAAAACAACUUAUGACUCGCAUGAACAACAGACGGAUAAUGGCGUGUAAGUGGACAAGCUAUCUUUGUCCUAAAGCUGAGCAGAUUGUUAGAGAAAAUAUGGAAAAAGGGCGCACUUUAGAGAUUAGGCAAUCUAGAGAGGAUAUUUUCGAAUGUAAAAAUGGGAGGAACAAGGGUAGAUACUUCUGGGGAUGUGCAAAUUUCCCAAAGAGGCAAUGCAAGUUUUUCGCUUGGGCUCACAGUGAAGAUGCAAUGGUAAGUAGGAAUAUUCCAGAUUGCCCAGAAGUCCCCGUUGAAGAUGAUAUAGCGGUCAAGGCAAAGCAGUUGAAGAAAGCACUGAAGCAAGCAAACCGCGAAGUUGAAAAAUGGAAACUUUGUUCAUUCUUCCUGUAUGCACUGUGGCCUGCAGAGCUGUAA